GAACAGCGGCAGCUGGGCGAGUGACAGCUCCAGCUCCGCGCGCCGCGGCCGCCAGAGCCGGCGCAGAGGAAGCGCCCGCGGCCCCGGGCGCCUGAGCGGCCGCCUCCUUCCGCGCCUCCCGGGCCCGCAGCCCGCGGUCCCGCGGCCCCGGACCGGCACUUCUCGGGCUCCGGCUCCCCGCGCGCAAGAUGGCUGACCCGGCCGCGGGGCCGCCGCCGAGCGAGGGCGAGGAGAGCACCGUGCGCUUCGCCCGCAAAGGCGCCCUCCGGCAGAAGAACGUGCACGAGGUGAAGAACCACAAAUUCACCGCCCGCUUCUUCAAGCAGCCCACCUUCUGCAGCCACUGCACCGACUUCAUCUGGGGCUUCGGAAAGCAAGGAUUCCAGUGCCAAGUCUGCUGUUUUGUCGUGCACAAGCGCUGCCAUGAAUUUGUCACCUUCUCCUGCCCGGGCGCUGACAAGGGCCCAGCCUCUGACGACCCCCGGAGCAAACACAAGUUCAAGAUCCACACAUACUCCAGCCCCACGUUUUGUGAUCACUGCGGGUCACUGCUCUAUGGACUUAUCCACCAGGGGAUGAAAUGUGACACCUGCAUGAUGAACGUCCACAAGCGCUGCGUGAUGAACGUCCCCAGCCUCUGCGGCACGGACCACACGGAGCGCCGCGGCCGCAUCUACAUCCAAGCCCACAUCGAGAGGGAGGUCCUCAUUGUUGUCGUAAGAGAUGCUAAAAACCUUGUACCUAUGGAUCCUAAUGGCUUGUCAGAUCCUUACGUGAAACUGAAACUGAUUCCUGAUCCCAAGAGUGAGAGCAAGCAGAAGACCAAGACCAUCAAAUGCUCCCUCAACCCCGAGUGGAACGAGACAUUUAGAUUCCAGCUGAAAGAAUCAGACAAAGACAGGAGACUGUCUGUAGAGAUUUGGGACUGGGAUCUGACCAGCAGAAAUGACUUCAUGGGAUCUUUGUCGUUUGGGAUUUCUGAACUGCAGAAAGCUGGUGUUGAUGGCUGGUUUAAAUUACUGAGCCAGGAGGAAGGCGAGUACUUCAACGUGCCUGUGCCCCCGGAAGGCAGUGAGGGCAACGAGGAGCUGCGACAGAAAUUCGAGAGAGCCAAGAUCGGUCCUGGGCCCAAGACUCCCGAAGAAAAGACGACCAACACCAUCUCCAAAUUUGACAACAACGGCAACAGGGACCGGAUGAAACUGACCGAUUUUAACUUCCUGAUGGUGCUGGGGAAAGGCAGCUUUGGCAAGGUCAUGCUCUCAGAGCGAAAAGGCACAGAUGAGCUGUAUGCCGUGAAGAUCCUGAAGAAGGACGUGGUCAUCCAAGAUGAUGACGUGGAAUGCACAAUGGUGGAGAAGCGGGUGCUGGCCCUGCCAGGGAAGCCGCCCUUCCUGACCCAGCUGCAUUCCUGCUUCCAGACCAUGGAUCGCCUGUACUUCGUGAUGGAGUAUGUGAACGGCGGUGACCUCAUGUACCACAUCCAGCAAGUAGGCCGGUUCAAGGAGCCUCACGCCGUAUUUUACGCUGCAGAAAUUGCCAUCGGUCUGUUCUUCUUGCAGAGCAAGGGCAUCAUUUACCGUGACCUGAAACUUGACAAUGUGAUGCUGGAUUCCGAGGGCCACAUCAAGAUCGCUGAUUUUGGCAUGUGUAAGGAAAACAUCUGGGAUGGGGUGACAACCAAGACCUUCUGCGGCACCCCAGACUACAUCGCCCCCGAGAUAAUUGCUUAUCAGCCCUAUGGGAAGUCCGUGGAUUGGUGGGCAUUUGGCGUCCUGCUGUAUGAAAUGUUGGCUGGGCAGGCACCGUUUGAAGGGGAGGAUGAGGAUGAACUCUUCCAGUCGAUCAUGGAACACAACGUGGCUUAUCCGAAGUCCAUGUCCAAAGAAGCUGUGGCCAUCUGCAAAGGGCUGAUGACCAAACACCCAGGCAAACGUCUGGGUUGUGGACCUGAAGGUGAACGUGACAUCAAAGAGCAUGCGUUUUUCCGGUAUAUUGACUGGGAGAAACUUGAACGCAAAGAGAUUCAGCCCCCAUAUAAGCCGAAAGCCUGUGGGCGAAAUGCUGAAAACUUCGACCGAUUUUUCACCCGCCAUCCACCAGUUCUAACACCUCCUGACCAGGAAGUCAUCAGGAAUAUUGACCAAUCAGAAUUCGAAGGAUUUUCCUUUGUUAACUCUGAAUUUUUAAAACCUGAAGUCAAGAGCUAAGUAGCUGUGUAGAUUUCCGUCCUUCAUUUCUGUCAUUCAAGCUCAACGGCUAUUGUGGUGACAUUUUUUGUUUUUCAUUGCAAAGUUGCAUCCAUGUUUUAUUUGCUGAUGAAACUAGAGUGACCAUGUUUCAGGACCCAAAUGUCCUCAGGUAGUUUUGGAGCAUCUCUGUGAGAUGGGAUUAUGCAGAUGGCACGUUGACAAUGUGGCUGCAUAAUCAGCACAUUAUCAAAGUCCUUGUAGCAUUUAUUUUCCCCUGCAUGUCAGCGAUGUAGAUCCAGCAGGGACAGAACAUGACUGCUUUCUCCCCCUUUUUCCUGCACUGCCAUUUUCAUCCCUUUUCCAACGCCAAGCAUCCAAUCUAGAUUUUUUUCCUGCCAAACAAGUGGAUAAUCGGAUGUUAGCAGUAUUCUCCUGCUUCCAGUCCUGGAGCUUGCCUUGUAUCCAAGUAGAUGGUUGCUUUGCCUUAGGGGGAAUUUCCUCCAUUCUUCCUGGUUUGGAGGCCCCAGGAGCUUUGGGGAAAAAACAUGCUAAAAAUAAAAUUUUGGUUUUUUUUUUAACUCAAAAAUUAAGAUUAUCUAAGUCCUUUUAAAAUUCCAAGAGUGUGCUUUUAGUAGUUUCAAUCUAAGGGCACCUCCAGGAGUCAUAAGGCAACCAGCUUGGGUGCUACCUUAAUGCUGUAAUUUCUGGUUCCCUGUGUCCCCCGAUCACCUUCAUCCCCAAACUACUUGAACAGGGCAUUUGGACUUACUCCCUGAAAAGACAUGGUCACUUUAGCAAAGUCCCAAAGGGCCAUGGUUUUACAUUACAUUUCAAACUUUAUUUGCUUUGGGGUUUUAUUUCUGUUGUUCAAAUGCAAAAAAAAAAAAAAAAAGUUACUCACUUUUGUUACACAUGCUUUGAAAUACGUGUCCAAAUGUUAUUAACCACAAUGACCUGCUUUGAUUUACCGAGAAGACGGCUCUAGAGCCUGGCAGACCCAUGCCUGCUCGGAUGGGAUUUGUCUAGGUUUGUUGCUGGCUUCGGAAAGCUAAUUAAGUGCUCUGAGAAAGACGCCAUGUCUUGAAAACAUAGACAGUUGUAUUCUUCACUUUGAUGUUGUUUUGCAAGAUGUUUGUGGAAAUGUUUGUAUCUGGAUAUCUGUUAUGUGCCAUUUUUCUUCUAGCAUCGAGAUACAAUAAAAAAAAAAAAGGCAAGAAAAAAGAAGAAAUACUAUUUCAAGGAAAACGGCUAUCUAUGGAAAACAUGGACCCAAACUGCAGAAUGGGGCCUCCUGAGGCUUCAGGACAGAAAAAAUUAAAGCCAGAUCAUAAUCUUGGCCCCAGUGUUCAGCCAGUCAGAGAGACUGAAACUGUGGAUCAUUUAGAGACUCCUGGGGGCCUUUGAUGGGGUGGGAUGAGCUGGCUGGGGGGUUCUCCAAUGAGAUCGGAGCUCAAGGCUCAGAUUCUCACCAGAGGCAAGUUUAGGGGCCAGCUAGGAGCAGGGCUGGGGCUGUUGGGUUUGUUAUCAAAAUCACUACGCCUCUCAGCUCAGACUCAUCCCUUCUAGCAAAUAGCUUCACGAGCCCCCAGAAGCCCAGAGAAACCCCUUAAUUGGGGAAAUUCCGUUUCCCUCUGAGCAGAGGACAGCAGGUGGUCCCCCAUCCCGCCUCCUGUCCCCCGCUGUCCUCCGGCAGCCCUGAUGGCAACUCUUGUCACAAGUCAAGUGAUUUCCACAAGCGCCAGGGCUUCUAAGAGACCAUCAAGGGAACUUAAAAUACUUGACAAGUGUCCUUUAGGGGAGACUUAUCUUUAAGAAAAUUGUGAUUUGAUUUCCACUUGGGCAAAGCCCCCUGCUGUUCACUCCUUUCUGCCUGCUCUCGUCUCCUUGCUGGGGGCUUGGGGACCAUCCCUGUGGCCACUGUUGUGGGUCACAAUCUAGACGUCAGGGGAAGCAGACUCGAAGCCCUAGCUCUCAGGCUUAGGAGGUAAGAGAAGGAGGAAAACUAGGGAAGAGCCUCCUCAUUGUAUUGUUGGGAAACUGGCAUCAGGAGGGAGGAAGUGACUUGCCCAAAGUCAGCCAGUUGGAAUGCAAACCCAGUUUCCUGAAUCUCCAUACAGGUCUCCCUCCUCUGUGACUGCCGUCUCUGAGCCAUGCCCACCAACAGACAGGUUAUUUGAAGUCUUUCAUCUGGCUGUUGGGUCACCAAGCCUUUACUUGGAUAUACUCUCAGGAAGAUUAAAAUCAAGGAGAAACAUUGGGCCAUCGACAAGUCAUGAGAGACAACUUUAGAGAACUAUGUAGGAUGAGUGAAUAGAUAUAAAUAAAUAGGUAGAUAGAGAUAAAUAGAUAUAAAUAGAAAGAAUAUACUGUGUGUGUGUAUAUAUACAUAUGUAUUAUAUUUACUGCACUCUACAUUUUCCAAAUUGCUGACAUUAUUUUUCAAAAGUUUAAUAGUUUCCAGAAGUAGAUACUCAAGCCAAAGCCUCUGUUCCCCUAAUACAUUGAGCUGAGAGUUGUUCAGGGAGGCCUUCUGUGAAAGGGAGGGAUCAUUAGAAUUCUUGCAGUUGCCUAUUCCAUCAACAUUUCAAGUGCAGAGGAGACUGAGAACAGAUGUAAUCUCAGCGGAAUACUUUGCAAACACAUCCAAGAAAGAUUUUUAAAUUAAUUUUGGUGAUUGUGCAUGUAUUCCACCCUCCUUUCAUUCACCCAGCCAGCAUUUAGUGAGCACUGACUGUGUGCUGGGCUCUAUCCUGGGUGCCAGGAGCAUGGUGGGGAGCAUGAAGACGCAACCCAGGAAGGUAGUCAUUAAACAAGUCAUUAAAAGCACGACGUGCUCUAGAGAUAACUCGUCUCUAGGUUAAUCAGGGAAGACUUCUUUUAAGAAAGGAUGAGUCAUCAGAAGACUUUGGGGUUCUUUCUCUCUGGAGACCACAUUGGAGGCUAAAGGAGAUACAGCAGCACCCUCUUGACCCAGAUUUCUGGUCCAAUCCUAUAAUGCCAAGGUGGGGAAAGAGAGAUAAGAGCUGGGGUGAGUUUCCUUCUAGGAGGCCGAAGGCACAGUCUCCAUACUUGAUCCGAUCACAGAAUCAUCAAGAUGUGAGCUGACUGGAUGCCUGUAUGAUGAGAGGGAACUAGUUUCAGAACUCAGUUCCAAGUCAUUAGUCCAGAUUCCUGGAGGCAUUACCCUUUCGGGCCCUCAGGAGACACUGCCCCUGGCUUGACACCACCUGGUUCUAGAGGAGACAGGCUGCUGCUUUCCAGAGGAACUUAAAUUAGAGGGUCAUUUUGUAAAAAGAAACUAAAUAAGAAAAUCUAAAGAAGACUCAACACAGUCCAGGGUAGUCACAGCUAAUUGUCUACCAGGAUCUUAGAAUCCCUCUUUCCUUUGUUGGACUCCUCACUGACCUUCUCUUCUAAGAAAACACAGGGCCAUGCUCACAGUGACCAUCUUGGGGAAUUACUAGGAAGCCAGUGGAAUUAGUGGGGCUUCCCUACUGUCUCAGAUGGCAAAGAAUCCACCUGCAAUGCAGGAGACCUGGGUUUGGUAACCUUCCUGGGGUGAGUGCAACUAUUUUCAUGUAACUUCAGAUACCAUCAGCCCGGAAAGUAAUUGUCCCAACAGAGAGGACUGUUGUUUCCCAACUUUUAGGGUAAAGUUCAGGGGUCUUUUCUAUUGAGGAUCUGCCCACAGUGGCAAGUCCUGUUUGGACCAUGUGGCUGAUUGAAGCAUCACCAAUACAACAAAUGGGAUAGGACUUACAUAAUUGGGCACGAUGCAAAGGGAACCUCUGCUGGAUGCCCACAGGCAGGGAAAGCCACACUGGGGGACCUGCAAGGAGGCAGCUGCCUGUCUUCUAGCCUCAGGUAUUCCCAGGGCCCACUCCCAGCCCUUGAGCUCUCAGAUCUUGAAGGAGCCUCACACAAUUCUAUCCAUAUUGGGGCUCACAAUGGACAAGGGCCCAUCUGAGCGACCCACAGGAUCAGUGGGAACAAAUUCCAUUAUUUUGCUCUAGAGUGAGAUCUCUAGCUUGGGGACAACUGUAAGUUGUCAGAAGUCAAGAGGCUCAUCUUUCAUUAAGUCUUCAUUCAUCUGUUCACUCAUUCAGCAAAUAAUCAUGGAAGGCCUGCCAUGUACCAAGUCUUGGCAUUGGAAAUAUACUGACAAGGACUUUACCUUCCUGCAAAGAGGCAAUAAAUAAUCAUGACAAUUUCUGACAGCAGCAAGUGCAAUGAAGACAAUUAGAAAGAUGUUUAAGAAUGACUAGUGGGGUUCAGAGAGGGAGGCACAGACAGUAUUAUAGGAAAAGCUGGCAUUCAAGCCUUUCUCUGAACACAGGAAAGAAUGCAUUCAGUGCCUGGGACAGCACAGGACAGGCUGGCAGCUGGCAGGAUGAGAAAAAAGCAGAGUGGGUGGGGCAUGGCAGGAGAUGCCCACUACCCAAAAAUCAGCUCCACCACUAUCUUCAGCUUACUCCCCUCUGACCACACCUACUGAAUUGAAUUCCUCAUACUCCCCUCACUCCACACCCCCACACAUAUACCACAAGAGUAAGUAGGGGAACUGUGUAGGGAUAUUUUACCUCUCUCAGGGGAGCAGUCAAAAAGAAGCCAUUCCUGUGAGAGGCAUUUUGCAAAGGGCAGUGAGGCCAGCAAUGAGAAAUCCUUGUCAGUCAAUGCCCUUUAGGGGUUAAACCUAAAGCAGGGAUAAUGAUCGGCCAAACUCUAGCAAAUCAGUCAGUUCUCUCCCUUCUUGACAAUCUGACACCACUCUGGCUUCAGCCGGGUAACCUGCCCAGUACCAGUGAAACCCAUGCGUUAUCCUUGGUUGUCCUUGCAAUACACCAGCCAUCAAACUGUCCCCCAGUCAGAGAGGCUAAGAUGAAGCAUAAUUGGGAAUCGUGUGGUCAGGUAAAAGUCACUACCCCGCUGUGGAAUCUUGGGCAAGUCACUUUACCUUCCUGUACCUCAGUUUUCUCAUAUGUCAGAGCACUGGGGGCGAGGAGCUCUACCUGCCCCCAGGUGGGUGGUGAGGAUGGGAAGAUCAUAGACUGGUAAGGACCCUGAAGAGGCGAAAGCAUCAUACAGAUGUGAGAUCUUUUCAUGAGCCCACACUCUUGACAUUCCCUGGUGAAAUUUGGCCCAAACUAUAGCUAGUAAACAGGGAUUGAUGUCCCUUCCGCACCCCCACCCCCCAAAAAUGAAACUCCAGACCAACUGGGAGAAUAGAAUAUUUUAAGACUGCCUUUCUGAGGCAGUCUUUCUAAGACUGAGUGUUUUAACCAGAUGCAUCAUCAGAAGAUCUCUGAUGAUCAUCAGAAGAACCUCUGGCUGAUGAAGACUAAAAUUCUAGUCUGUGGGUGGAUUUCUGAGCAUCCCUUCAAAGCCUCAAUUGCCCCAGGGAAUGUGGGAUGGAUAGUGAUCCCCUCCUUUCAUUGAGCAGUGAUCUGAUAUCCCCAUUCUUGCCACUCUGCCCUCUGGGGAUCUGAGUGGUUGUGAGCUCUUCUCCCUUUUGAAGAAAGAAGCCUCCUAGCCACAGGGGGCGCUCUUGAAUGAUUUUCUCCUGGACGCUCUACCGCAUGACUAUUUCUAUGACAUUAUACCUUGUAAGAGGUAGUUUCCAACUCAUCUCAAAGCCGAAGAAAAUCACACACACACACACACACACACACACCAUAUUUUCUGGCAAUCCUUAAAGAAAAUCAAUGUCUCAUUUCCUUUCUUAGAAAAUUUCCACCAAGUUUUCUCUCCAGAAGCCAACAUACGAUGUGAAAUGAAAGCCAGGGAAUAGUAUUGCAGUGCAGCUGCUAAAACCGGUCAGCACAGGGCUUCUCCCGACUCUGCCCAUGAGACGUCAUCAGCUUCCCAAAAACUGGCAUGUCUCGGUCACAUUUCCUCCUCCUAAUGCCCUGUUAAUGUGUUUGCUUUCCAUUUGGCAGAGAGACAAGCGAGACACCUCCAAUUUCGACAAAGAGUUCACCAGACAGCCUGUGGAACUCACGCCUACUGAUAAACUCUUCAUCAUGAACUUGGACCAAAAUGAAUUUGCUGGCUUCUCCUAUACUAACCCAGAGUUUGUCAUUAAUGUGUAGGUGAAUGCAAACUCCAUUGUAAGCCUGGAGUAUAAGACUUCAGGCCAAGUGUAUGUAUCAAUUCUAGUCUUCCAGGAUUCAUGGUGCAUAUGCUGGCAUUCCACACAUGGAGAGCUUGUCCUAGAGGGCUUUUCUUCGUAUGUGUAGCUUGCUAGUUUGUUUUCUACAUCUGAAAAUGUUUAGUUUAGAAUAAGCGCUUUAUCCAAUAUUAGAGGUACAAUUUUCCAAACUUCCAGAAACUCAUCAAACAAACAGAUGAUGUCAAAACUACUGUGUCUGAUACCAAAAUGCUUCAGUAUUUGUAAUUUUUAAAGUCAGAAGCUAAUGUUCCUGGUAAAAGUUUUUACAGUUAUUCUAUAAUAUCCCCCUUGAAUGCUAAGCAUGACUGGUAUUUUUAAAAAUUGUGAGUAAGCUUUGCAGUUACUGUGAACUAUUGUCUCUUGGAGGAAAUUUUUUGUUUAAGAAUUGAUAUGAUUAAACUGAGUUAAUAUAUGCCAA